GAAUUUCUUUCAUUUUCUAUAUACACAUGUACUUUAGUAUUAGAACAAUGAUCAGUAUCGUAGACAAAUAUUUCAGUCUUAAUCGUAUUCUUUUGUUGCUAAUUGGUCUAUGGCCUUAUCAAAAAUCAAAAUUUUCCCGAUUUCAUUUAUUUUGUUGCUACAGUGCUAUUGCAACUGUUAUUAUAUUUCAGUUAACAACAUUUCUGACCUCAAAAUAUACUGCAAAUCACAUGAUAAAGAUUUGCUCUAUAGUAUUUGGUUUUACUAUCUUUUUUAUUCAAUAUAAUUCGUUUUGCUUUAACAAUGAUACAAUAAAGUUUUUAAUGGGACAACUUCAGCUUAUUUAUAAUAAUUUAAAUGAUAAUAAUGAAAUCGCCAUCUUUGAAAGAUAUGGAAAUAUUUCAAAACGUUAUACAAUUGCGUUUAUAAUCUCGAUCACGACGUCUGUCAAUCGCAACGGAAUACUUUAUUGAUCAAGAGAAAUAUUAUUAUUUAAUGCUAAUUCACUUCAAUGCAAGUUCAUGCAUAGGAUUUAUCACAUUGGUAGCAACAGGAUCAAUGCUCUUUGCAUACCUUCAAUAUGCAUGCGGAGUGUUUAAAAUUGCUAGUUAUCGUAUUAAAAAUGCAAUAGAAAUUUACACACAAAGUAUUAAUCUAAAAAACAAAAAAUUGGUUUAUAAGAGUCUUAUUUAUGGUAUACAUAUUCAUCGAAAAGCAAUAAUGUUUUCCGAAUAUUUAAUAUCUAAUUUUGAGGUGUCAUUUAUGUUUUUAAUAGCGUUCGGAGUUCUUACUUUGAGUUUUAAUACUUUCCGACUUUUUCAGAUUCUGUCAUCUAAGUAUAAUAUUCAGGAACUUGUAUUAAUCUGUAGUAUAACGUAUAGUUGCUUUACAUACAUGUUUCUCUCAAAUUUUAUCGGGCAAGAAAUUAUAGAUCACUAUAAUCUCAUAUUUAUUACUGCAUACGAAGUUCAAUGGUAUAUAACUCCGUUAUAUAUACAAAAGUUUAUACUAUUUUUAUUAUUAAGAGGCAAUAAAUCUUUUGGCUUGAGUGUCGGUGGAUUGUUCGUGUCGUCCUUACAGUGUUUUGCCACGCUAGCAAACGCAUCCUUGUCUUAUUUUGUCCUUAUGUAUUCUAUGGGAAAUUGAUAAAAAUAUUUUUAUCAAUUAAUACACAUUAUUAAAGUACAAACGUCAACAAAAGUAAUAUUUAUAUUUUCUUAUUUAAGUAAAAUGUAAUUAAAAAUGUAAACUGAUCAUAAUUGUGAAUUUUGGUAUAGUUAAAUGUAGUUGUUAUUUUAUGUAGCUUAAAUUAAAAAAGAAUUUCUUUUUCAAUUUCUUUUCAAGUCGGUUGAUAUAAUUUCUUAAAAACUAUUAAAAUUAUUGACUUCAACUCUUAUUACGUAUAUAUAAUAAUACAUUAGUUAAAUAUGGGGACGAUCUGAAGCUGGUUAACGACCAACAUACUUUGAAGUAAUGGAAAAACAGAGCUCAAAUGCAAACACGCGAGAAUUCUGACCGUUCGAAUUGACAUCCCGAGAUCUUCUCUGUCUAAAAGUGUAAAUUAAGGAGCCAAAAGUAUUUUAUAAUAACACAUAAUGUAGGAAAAAAAUGUCUAAUAUUUAUUUGCACGACAAUUUAUUAAGUUAAAGACAUUA